AUGAAAGGUGAAUCGGCUGAAGCAAGACGUCGAUUCGAGAAGGAAGCGGCGAUCCUAAAAACCGUGAAAGGCCAUAGAAAUGUGACUGAGUUUUUAAGAUUUUGCCGAGAACCCUACGCCAUAAUGAUGGAGCAUGCUUGUUUUGACUUCAAUCCGUUGGGAGUUAAAAAACAGGUAAAUUCGCUUGAAGAUUUUUACAUUUCGUUGAUGCGGAAUUCGACUUUACGUCGUUCGCAGAUGUCUUGUUACUGUGUGCGCGGGACGUUGUUUCCGGAUUGGACUUUCUCCACAAGAACAAUAUCGCGCACAGAGAUCUAA